AUGUCAUAUAGAGCCUACCGGGCUGGAGCGACAGAGUUUGGACAUUUGCCUGAUCCACCAAGAAGUGCAUUCUUGCCAGAAGGAAGCAUGCGACCUGAAGAUAGUCAAAGAGUACAUCUUAUUAACGCUUUUCGUCGCUACGGAUAUCUGCAAGCUGAGCUAGAUCCACUUGGGCUACAACCUCAAAAGGACAUGCGACCUGAAGAUAGUCAAAGAGUUCAUCUCAUUAACGCUUUUCGUCGCUACGGAUAUUUGCAAGCUGAGCUUGAUCCGCUUGGGCUACAACCUCAAAAGGACGUACCUGAGUUAAAUCCCGAAAUUUAUGGUCUCUCGCCUCAGGAUGCUCUUCCUGGCAAAGAUCUCUGCCUAAAUGAUCUUGCAGAGCAGCUACGAUUAAUCUACUGUGGGCCAAUGGCGAUUGAGUUUAUGCACAUCAAUAAUUUUGACCACUUUUUGGCUUUGAAAUUCCCAACAGUGAAGAGGUACGGUAGUGAAGGUGCGGAGGCGAUGUAUGGUUUUUUCUCGGAGUUGUUUGAUUCAGCACCGGAAAAGGAUAUUCAACAGAUGAAAGGAAAACCCGAAUUUCCGGACGGUGUUCAAGGAUCUGGUGACGUGCUAUCGCAUUUGACCUCCUCGUUCGACCACAAAUUGCCAGAAGGUACUGUACAUAUUUCAAUGCUUCCGAAUCCAUCCCAUCUAGAAGCUGUAAAUCCAGUAGCAAUGGGAAAAGCCCGUGCACGAGCUAGGACGUUAGGCUUAGGUGAUUAUUCUAAGGAUCGAUCGGCACGAGCAGGAGAUGGAGUGCUGUCAGUACUAGUCCAUGGAGAUGGUGCAUUUACUGGACAGGUUGGGACGUUAGGCUUAGGUGAUUAUUCUAAGGAUCGAUCGGCACGAACAGGAGAUGGAGUGCUGACAGUAUUAGUCCAUGGAGAUGGUGCAUUUACUGGACAGGGAAUUGUAUGGGAGUCUGUUGCUUUAAGCCAGGCCCCACAUUUCCGACUGGGAGGAACAAUCCAUUUGGUCACGAAUAAUCAAGUGGCUUUCACAGCUGAAGCACAUAUUGGGAGAUCAUCUACUCAUUGUACAGAUAUAGCCAAGGCGUUCGAAUACCCUGUCAUCCAUGUCAAUGGAGACCAUCCUAAUGAAGUGGUUAAAGCCACCCGGUUGGCUAUGGCUUAUCGCGAAAAAUUUCGAAAGGAUGUCUUCAUCAAUAUGCAGUGUUUCCGUCGCUGGGGACACAACGAACUGGAUGAUCCCUCAUUCACACAACCUCUUAUGUACAGAAUAAUUGAAUGCCGUGAAUCGGUGCCUCGCCAGUAUGCUGAUGAACUGAUCAGCGAAGGUUUGAUGAAAGAAGAUGAUGUCAAGGCUAUAAAAGAAGAGCACUCAGCAAAAAUGAUGGAGUCUUUCAGGGCUAUUGACUCAACGCCACCUGUUGCUAAGCACCUGGAGAGCAAUUGGAAAGGUUUCAUACAAGCACCUCCUGAGAUUCAGACAUGGGACACUGGUUGUGACGUAAAUCUGCUAAAGUACAUAGGAGCUGCAUCGGUCAAAGUCCCUGAAGGAUUUUUAGAAAUUAAAUUCCAGAAAGUUCAUCCUCAUUUGCAAAAAACACACUGUGAAGCAAGAAUUCAGAAGAUGAUCAGUGGCGAAAACAUCGACUGGGGAACUGCUGAGGCACUCGCUUUUGGGUCAUUGCUGAUGGAAGGAAAUGAUGUGCGCAUCAGCGGACAAGAUGUAGGGAGAGCUACAUUUAGCUUUAGGCAUGCGAUGUUAGUGGAUAAUGACACCGAUCUCACACAUAUUCCACUGAACUUUAUUGCAGAUAACCAGAAAGGCUACUUGGAGGUUGCUAAUAAUAUUUUAUCGGAAGAGGCUAUUCUUGGAUUCGAAUAUGGUUAUUCAAUGGAAAGUCCUCGACAACUUUGUAUAUGGGAGGCUCAGUUUGGAGAUUUCUUCAACGGAGCCCAGAUCAUCAUUGAUACUUACCUUGCCAGUGGUGAAGGAAAAUGGUUGACACAAUCUGGCCUAACCCUCUUGCUCCCUCAUGGAAUAGAUGGUAUGGGCCCAGAACACAGUACUUGUAGGAUGGAGAGAUUCUUGCAACUAUGUGACUCUCGUGAAGAUCAGAAGCCAGUAGAUGGGGAGAACAUUAAUCUCCGAGUAGCCAACCCCACUACUUCAGCACAGUAUUUCCAUCUUCUCAGGAGACAGGUCGGAUAUUUGAAUUUUGCUUAG